AUGCUUGAGGCUCUGACUGCCUUGACUGGCCGCGCACCGAAGGCAGGGGCCUAUGUGGAUGAGAAUCGUUUUGCGUCUAUCUGGCUCAGAGUAACACCACCCGAAGCGGCCGACGACUCAUUCUGGCCUAUCUUGGGCUACACCCUUGGUGCUCUCGCAAAUAUUCGCAUUCCGGUAAUCACUGGACUGGAAAAGCUAAAGCCCAACAAGGACGGCUUUAAGGCGUUCUCAGCUGCAUUUGCUACAUCCUCUAGUGCUCCCAUGUUUCAUAUGGUCAACCUAACUCCAGAGGCUCCCACGCUCGAGGCUGUGUGCCCCAAGGGUAUUGUCCUUGAAGCUAUUGAUGUGGACUGGAAGGCUCUGGAUGCUAUCUGGGAUGAGUUCAACCAUGGCUCUGAGCCAUGA